UGGCGCUCUUGCAUUGCGAGCUGAUAGCUAUCCUUCUGACAAUGGCACUCCCCCCACCACUCAGCCUUCUUUAACUCCUACGUCUCAGAUGUCAUUAUCGACACCGUCUUCCCUGACUUUGACUGACUCCGAUUCCGACGUUACCUCGUCUGACGUUGAGAUCGGCUCACAACAAACAAUGUUUGUUAUCAGUGAUAACAAAGACAAUCCUUCAGGGUGUCGAGCGCCUUUUGUCGAGUCCGUCGAGGACAAAAUCCGACGCCUGACACCCAUCCAAUUCCUGCUGCUGAUCAAUCUGCUUUUGCAGGCGAAGUCAAAAGGAAACACAAAACCAUCCAGGUUCGAUGUUGCUAACGACUUGGUUCGAUUCGACAAGAAUAUAUACAUGCGCGCGGGCGUGACUAGAUUCGCAGAGUACACUUUGCUAGCGGCACAAAGUUCUGUUAUCAGGCUUGGUGGGGGGGAAGACUGGCGGUGGCGGCUCGUGGAUAGCCCUGCAUCCAAAUUGGUUCACGCAGGACGUUGACUUGGAUACGCCCCAGUUGUUAUCCAUCCCAUCGACUGUCCGUAGCAAUAACUCUCCUACACUACAGGGCAACACUCCAACUCCAUCUUCAUCUAUUCCAUUCGCGAGCACCGCGUCGCGGAGACCACUC